GCAAGCUCACCCGCGCCAACAGCAAACCGAUCGAAAAAUCCCCAAUCCUAUCUCCGCGGCGAAGAUGUCGGGGCGCGGCAAGGGCGGCAAGGGCCUGGGCAAGGGUGGCGCGAAGCGGCACCGGAAGGUGCUCCGCGACAACAUCCAGGGCAUCACGAAGCCGGCGAUCCGGAGGCUGGCGCGGAGGGGCGGCGUGAAGCGCAUCUCGGGGCUCAUCUACGAGGAGACCCGCGGCGUGCUCAAGAUCUUCCUGGAGAACGUCAUCCGCGACGCCGUCACCUACACCGAGCACGCGCGCCGCAAGACCGUCACCGCCAUGGACGUCGUCUACGCGCUCAAGCGCCAGGGCCGCACCCUCUACGGCUUCGGCGGCUAGGCUGGCCGCGCCUCGCCCCUCUCCUCGCACUGCCUGUCAGCCUGUGUCGCCGUCGCUGUGGUUGUAGUGUUGCUGCAAUUCGUUAGUUGUGUUUGGCUGUGGGAAAAACGCUUUACUGUGGCAAGUAUGUUGCAUAUGUUGUCUGUUUCUGAUUGAGUGUUAUUCUGAAGAAAUAUGGCAACGAUGACUUGCUCAAGAUUUAAGCAUGCUCCCUUUGUUCACA